ACACAUUACCCCAUCGACUACAGGCUCGGCUUCCCAGGCUCUCCCAAGCCUCGUUAGUGCUGCUGAGCCGUAAACAUUGCCGUGGCGGUUCGCUGAUAGAUUCGACGUGGAAAGGACGCGUUGACCACCUGUGUACUUCAUCCAGAGCUCUCCAGACUUGCUGAUAAGUCCGUCAGUAUUGGUCGGCGAUCAAUCUCCAGACCGUUGAUGAAUCUCGACCGUCGAUCAAUCCUUGGACCAUUGAUCACUUUCAACCGUCGAUCCGAUUCGGCGAUUGCCUCGUAGUCGAAUCGAGAGUCUUUAAGGGAGUGCAGCCAGGCAGAGUAGCAGGCAGUGCAGCCAGCCAGGCAGAGCCUGUUUUUGUGUCGACUUCAACAAAUAGGAGCAGCAGCUGAGCAGCGUAGCAGCCAUGGGUGUCCUGGAGAGGAUCAAGGAGAUCGAGACUGAGAUGGCGCGAACUCAGAAGAAUAAAGCCACUGAGUACCAUUUGGGUCAGCUCAAGGCGAAACUGGCUCGCCUGCGAACACAGCUGCUGGAACCAGCCAAGGGAUCGUCAGGAGCGGGGGAAGGAUUCGAAGUGACCAAGUUUGGGCACGGGCGAGUGGCGCUCAUCGGCUUUCCCAGCGUGGGAAAGUCGACCCUUCUGACAGUGCUCACGGGCACGCGCUCAGAGGCGGCCGCGUACGAGUUCACGACUCUGACGUGCAUCCCGGGGAUCAUCAACUACAACGACACCAAGAUUCAACUGCUGGACCUGCCUGGAAUUAUCGAGGGCGCGUCGCAGGGGAAGGGAAGAGGAAGACAGGUCAUUGCAGUGGCCAAGUCAUCCGACCUUGUGCUCAUGGUGCUCGACGCGUCCAAGAGUGACGCCCACCGUCAGAUCCUCACCAAGGAGCUCGAGUCAGUGGGGCUGCGACUCAACAAGCAGCCGCCCAAUAUUUACUUCAAGAAGAAGAAGACGGGGGGCAUCUCCUUCAACUCCACGGGGCCUCUCUCGCACAUAGACGAGAAGCUGUGCUACCAGAUCCUGCACGAGUACAAGAUCCACAACGCUGAGGUGCUAUUCCGCGAGGACAGCACUGUGGACGAUCUAAUCGAUGUGAUUGAAGGCAACCGGAAGUACAUCCGGUGCCUGUAUGUGUACAACAAGAUCGACGUCAUGGGGAUAGACGAUGUGGAUCGGCUGGCGAGACAGCCCCACUCUGUGGUCAUCUCAGCAAAUCUGGAGUUGAACAUGGACCAUCUCUUGGCGCGCAUGUGGGAGGAGAUGGGUCUUGUUCGUGUGUACACAAAGCCACAGGGGCAGCAGCCCGAUUUUGCCGACCCUGUUGUGCUCUCCACUGAUCGUGGCGGAUGCACAGUGCGGGACUUUUGUGACCACAUUCACAGGGGGUUGCUCAAGGACGUGAAGUAUGUGCUUUGCUGGGGCGUAAGCGUCAAGCACCAGCCGCAGCGCUGUGGCCUGGGGCACGUUCUGCAAGAUGAAGAUGUCGUGCAGAUCGUGAAAAAGAAGGAGACGGAAGAGGAGGGCCGUGGAAGAUUCAAGUCCCACGUUGAUGGACCAGCAAGGAUAGCUGACCGAGUGAAGAAGGCUCCGUUGAAACAAUGAGUUGGUGAUGAAUUCUUGGUAUACUGAAGUAUGGUGAGUUCUUUGUCUAUGAUUUCCCUCCUAAGAUAUUAACCGAGGGUUCUGUGUCGAGAAUAUCCAACGUGUAAUAGCUGAGCUUGCAGCCGCACAUUUCCACGUGCGCCUACUUCUUCGCAGGCCAGAACUAUGUGCCACGUGAGCAUCCAUAUUCGUGAAUCUUCAAUGGCGGAUCUGAGGAAUGACCAUGAGUCGAGGGGGACACUGCCACGCGAUCAUGAACCUUUCCACAAAGCGGCAACCCUUGCCUCUCAAGCUACGCAGGGCCGCGACUCGUGAACGGUUUGAUGUUACUCCCAAGGAAAGUCGCUGGCUGUCGCAUCCAGUCCGAACACUCUUAUGGCCUC